AUGAGCAAGAAUAAUGAUGAUUUAAUAAAACAUGAUAAUCAUUCGCGUGGAUCCAAAAGUCGAUUAAAAUCUUCAAUAGUAUGUGAUCCAAAUGGUUCUAUGAGUACUUUCAGGCUGUUUUAUCAAAGUGGUGGAAGAGAUUAUGAACACUAUCGUCUUUGGCUUCAAGCAUUGUCAAAAUCGGAACAAUUAUCAAAAUUAUCAAAUCCGGCAGCUGAAAUCAACGAAGAAUCUAUUGAUACGGAACCCAAUAUGCACACUAGUAUACCACACGUAGUAGCAUCGUCAUCAUCAUCACCAUCACAUUCACAAAAUCCUAUAUCAAUAGCAAGAAUUACACGUACACAUCCAUUAUUGAAACCGAUGCGACACCAUAUACCUUUACGAAGAACAUCUGAACUUGCAUUGCCAUUGCCCACUUUUUUAUCUUCAAUAUCGACAACAACAUCAUUGAAACCUCACAUUUGUACCCCACAUGAUUAUUCUCAUGUUGCAAAUGAAUCUUCAUCUUCAUCUUCAUCAUCUUUCAUCGAUUGGUCAGUGGCUGAUGUCGCUCGAUUUAUUGAAAAACAUUUUCCUGAGAAACAUAUUGCUCGAAAAUUUGUGCAACAAAAAAUCGACGGACGUACACUACCAUUAUUAACUGAAGAUCAUUUAAUAAGAAUAUUUAAAAUGAAACUUGGUCCAGCACUACAUUUACUUACUCUUAUAUCUAAUAUGCAACUAAAAAAUCAAUAA